UUUAAAAAACCGGUGAUAAUUUUUAUAUUUUUUAAAUGUUGGAAAUGUUUACGCACAAACGGACUGAUCUGAUCCUGUAAAUAUUAGUAGUAAUAUUGAUGAUAAAGUAGAAGUGUUUAAUUUUAAUGGUUAGUGGGUCGGUUUCAUGUCGGGGUAAAGCGUUUGUUGUUUCGUCUGUCUGUUGUUGUUGCAUUUGUUUAACAUUCUUGGGUAAAUUGAUCGGAUGAAAUGUACGCGGCGGCGGGCGGUGCGUCUCUGGCAAGCCGGCAGGCGCGCCAAAGACAACGCCAGAACAAGAAGGCGGCCGCCCAGAAGGCCUCCAAGGCCACCGACCUGAUACCGAAACCGCCCCAGAAGGGCCAAUUCUACAAUUACACCGAUGAGACCGUUCCGAAGUUGUCGCGCGUCGAACGCAACGUGCUGCGACCGCCGCAUCCCCAUCAUCCACCACACGAGCGUCGUCACAGCACCUCCAAUUACCAUCUGAAGGAGCCGAAGGCUCGAAUCCGUGAGAGUCCAUCGAUAUGCAUACCCGUACAGAAUCACCAUCAGCCGUCUCACCAUCAUCAGCAGAAGCAACCGCUUACGCCGAGCACACUUCCGAAUCAUCUGCCGUUGCCGCAGUCGCCGACUCUUGGUAGUCAUCAUCUGCCGCAGAUCGUUCCUCCCGAGGAAGGUGACAAGACUUUGGAGAGGAGAUGCAGUUUCGUGCGGCAGGUCGAGGAGAUGGAGAAGUUUCCGGAAGGAGGCACCGGCGUUCUCGAUCGCUGCAACCAUAUGUGCAACUUCGAAAUCAAAGACAAGGGCUGGGAGAACAACCCCGCUUUCUACUCCGAAUACGAUCGCAGCCUCUUCGGAAGUCUGGACUAUCCCUUCUCAGAGUGUUCGCAGGGUCGAGCAGCAUGGCAGGAGAGGGAAAGAGGGAGACGCUGCUCUCUCUCGGAAGAAGCGCGGCAACACCGCCUCAAACAGAACGAAGCCCACCACAGAUGGAUGAAAAGGAACAGGAUUCAUGACACAACGUAUGGUGGAAGCAGCGACGACGACGACUUCUUCGAUGCGUACCAUCAGAGUGCAGCGGCGAACGCCCUCCUGUACGUGGGUCUCGGGACGACGGCCAUCGGGAGUGUGAUAUUCUUCGUCGGGACCGGUGAGAAGGGCUUCAAGACGUUGGAGCUCCGGCUGAUCGGACCGACGCUGAUAGCCUGCGGCCUACUUUGCUGCCUAAUUCGCGUCCUACUGUGCGCGUGUCCCUCGAACUGUUUCCGCAGACGGAAGAAGACGCGUCUCAAAAACGAGUGUCCCCACAAUUCGAGCAGGUACCCCUUGACCCGCGACCGAAGCGUAACGAAACGAACAGGAAACGUCGCCCCGUCGACGUCCCUCCUCUCGCAAUCCACUGCAAUCGACAAACAUAAAAAGAAAGUGUCCAUAGUCACGAACAAUCCUAGCAGCAGCGAUCCGCACCCGAAUCCCGUACCGAGCACGAGUUCCGGUAAUUUCCAGGAGGAACGCGUCGGCCUCAUCCAGAAGAGGAAGCAGGAGGAAAUGCAGACGGGAGAAGCGUCCGGCAUCUCGCAAACCCUGAUCCCGAUCAUCACGAUCCCCGAUCAGGAUUACUUCGAGAUGAACGAACGGAGGAGACGGAUGUCGCGCGAGGACUCUCUCAUCGAGCUCGAGAACCUGGACAUCAUCGCCAGCUACGAACUGCAGAGCGUUUCGAGCGUCGAAUCCGAGACGGUCAUCGAGGUCGACUGCCAUCCCAAGGAGACGAAGCACACCAGGACACGCGAACCAGCGCUUCUCAGUGCAUUAGAUGGACCGUCUCACCAUCAGACGGAGACCUCGUUAAGUGUCGUUAUCGAACGUGCGGAUGACAAUAGUGAUAGGAACCCUAGAAAGGACGAAGCGAGCGCCGGUAGUGAACGAAGGGAAGCGCACAGCGGAAUCGUACUAAGUCCCUUGCAGCUGGGACAAUGAGUAGAAGAGUUGGUGGUGGAGGAGGAGGAAGAGAAACCGAGCGAAACUAAAAACUAUAAACAUAUAUAUAUAUAUAUAAAUAUAUACAACACACAUGAACACACAUAAUGAUAUAUACAUGUCUACAUAUUUCUAAAUGCCAUUUAUAUAUAAAUAUAUAUUGAAAUCCACCGGUUACUAGACGCAACUGCAACGCGCCACGAUCUGACAAUCCCGAUUUCCCAUCCGAGACAAUCCCCAGUAAUCAUCAUCCAAAAAAUCCUCAAAAAAAAUCCAAAAUUUGUUGUCUUUGCUUAAUUAAUCUUGAUACUUAAGUUUCCUAUGAAUAUAAAGACAAAAAAAUCCGGCAACGAAAAAUUUGUAGAAUCCUCCUCCUCCACUCGCGGCACUCUUCAUUUGCGUUCGACGAAUACGUGUCGCGUGAUUGAUGGAAGCACGAGAGCCCCGGGAGGAGCCGUAAAAGGUUUCCUUUUUUUUAUUUAUUUAUUUAUUGUAUAGUGGCCUAUAAAAAUCAGCGUAAAAGAGGGAAGAAAACAAGGUUAAUAGUACAUAUAGGCUUGGUCUUGUAACUCAAAAAAAAAAAAAUAGAAAGAAAAACAAACGGCGUUAUGCAGUUGCGUUUUAACCGCUGGAAACGAUGAAACUGUUAGUACCUACAUGGAAUUGAUAAGGCGGAAUGCUCCACUGGAUUAUUUCAUCGUCUAAAAUGAAUUGAGGGUACAUUUCACCCUCGAAAUAAACUGAAAAAAUAAACAUAUAAUAAUACUAAACUAAAUGAAUAAUGAUAAAUAGCAUUGAGGAUGCAGCUGGGAUUCAAGUUUAUUUAAAUCUUAUCAUUAUUAUUGUAAAGCUAGUAGAGUCGAAAGCUUCGAUAUACAAGAGAGAGAGAGAUGAUAUGAGGAUAAUAAAUAAAUGUAUAGUGGAUAUUAUUAUAGAUGAUGAAACAGAAUAAUCUACAGCUUGUGGUAUAUGAAAAAUAAUAAUUUAAAAAAAAAAUGAAUGGAUCUGAAUGUGUCUCAAACACGACGACAUAUCAAAUUGUUUAAGGGUUAAAUUAAUACAUCUAAUUUCUACAUUAAAUAAAUAAAUGUUGUAUGUCUAGGUAGAAACUAAUGACUAAAAUUUAACCGAACAAAGAAAAAAAAAAUGAAGACGGUUGGUGUAUAAAUACUACUAAAUAUUUAGGGAAUUUAACAAAAAAAAAAUGAAAAUGCUAUAUAUAUAUAUUUAAACGAAAACUCUUAAAGACGAAGAAUUUAAAUGCGCAUAAAUCGGAUUCUCGCCAAAAGUCUUCGCUUUUGUAGGUCGUGAUCCGAAGUUGAGGUAAUCCAGUGGAACGUUGAUACUGACCCAUCUCGAAAAAUAUAAAUAAAUUAAUAAAAAUAAAUAUGUAUAUUCAUUAAAGAAAAGAAGAAAAA